AUGGAAAAAACCUCCCUCCAAGGUCGCGGGCCAACAGCCGACCUCGGUCAAUUGGAUGAUAAUGCUAUUGAUCGCCUAAUUGUGGACUCGUAUUCUCGACCUCACAAGUUCGUUUUGAAAUACAUCAUGACACCAUUUGCCAACCAUCCUAUAAGGCUCAUCCUCGUCAUCUUGGUCUUUGUCUAUGGCCCUCUGAUCACAUGCAACAUCUGGAAUGAUGACGUGGAAGUCUGUGAUCGGAGAUUCCAUUAUAUGCAUUAUUCCAUCAUACUAGGGUUCCUCGCAUUGACUAUCUACUCGAAUUUCCUCAAGUGGAAGCUUGAUAGCGAGAAGAAGCGGUUAUUGUCGCAGGAUGCGGAAAUUGGCAGUAAUGUUCAGGGACCAAAACAUUGA